AUGUGUGUAGAGCUGCUAAAUGUGCACUUCCAGGCUCAAGAUGUAAUCUUACGAAAUCCAGUUGUUCGUCAGAGUUGGGAACUUUCACAUGAUGAUGUUGAAUUGACUAAAAAACUAGGAGAAGGAGCGUUCGGAGAAGUGCACAUGGGAAAAUUAAAAUUGAAGGGAGGAGGCAAGGCUACAGUUGCAGUGAAGCUCGCCAAACUGGAAGUUCUAACGAAAGAGCAAAUCAAAGAAAUCAUGCAUGAAGCCCGUCUGAUGAGACACUUUGACCAUCCAAAUAUAAUUAAAUUCUACGGAGUUGCCGCCGGCCAGGAACCUCUAAUGGUUAUUAUGGAAUUG